AAGCAAGCUGAGGAUGUAUUUUCACAUAAUUUAGAUGAUGGCAUAAUUUUUAUAGCUUUUAAAAAUCUCAGACCAAAAGAAUCUUUCGCUGUUUAUUAGUGAAACUGAGGUAUUCAACAUAAAGGUGUUAUGAAAUAUGUCAACAGAGAGAGAAUCAAAACUACUUUGCCUGCAAACACAGAGCUACAUGAGCAGAGACAGAAGGGUCCAGUCAAACCUCUAGACUUUUCCCAAUAGUAUUUUGAUUUGACGUGUUUCCUCUGGGAAUAAGUACGACUUCCAAUCACAACCAGCGGAGAUGCAUUUUUGUCUUCAUAUCAAACCCUCGUCAGUGUGGAUACGUGUAUGUGGAGGCGGGUUCCUGUUUCUCUCCCUAUCAUUAAUCCCUCAAGUCGAGCCAACGCUUGGUUUUCACGCCUCCCUCACUUCAUUUUAAUUCUGCCGCAGAUGAUCAUAAGCACCCGGUCGGCUCCAAAUAUUCUCUGAGAGACUCGCUCAGAGAGGGAAGACGAUGGUUUCCGCGGGGUUGCAGAUAGCUGGGUGCGCCAUGGCGCUGCUGGGCUGGAUCGGGGUGAUCAUCAUCUGCGGCGCGCCCAUGUGGCGGGUCACAGCCUUCAUCGGCAGCAACAUUGUGACCGCUCAGGUCACAUGGGAGGGCCUCUGGAUGACCUGCGUGGUCCAGAGCACGGGCCAGAUGCAGUGCAAGGUUUACGACUCCAUGCUGUCUCUGAGCCCCGACCUGCAGGGGGCCCGCGCCCUGGUGGUGGUGUCCAUCGUAGUAGGCAUCGCGGGGAUCUUCGUAGCGUUGGCCGGCGGGAAGUGCACCAACUUCAUUGCAGAUGAGAGGGCCAAGGCGAGGGCCUCGGUGGCAGCAGGCGUGUUGUUGAUCAUCAGCGGGCUCCUCUGCCUUAUUGCCGUUUCGUGGACCGCCAGCAUUAUCAUAAGGGACUUCUACAACCCUGUGCUGUUGGACUCCCAGAAGAGCGAGAUCGGGGCCUCUCUGUACAUCGGAUGGGGGGCCGGGGCGCUGCUGGUCUUGGGAGGAGCGCUUCUGUGUGCCACCUGCCCCCCAAAAGAGGAUAAAAGCCCCUCUGUGAAGUAUCUCGUAAACAGGUCUGGAGGAAACAGCAAAGAGGAUUCAACUUUUUUGCCAGACAAGACGUAUAUCUGACAUGUCUAAAGGGUACAAUGGAAGUCUGUCAUAAGGGUCAAAUGAAGGUGGGGGUUUAAUCAGUGGCCGUGACAUAUGAGAGAAAGGUCACACGCACAGACAACCUGGAAAUAUGCACUUUUCUCAUAUUGUCAGAGUCCUUUUCUGGAUGUUUGAAUAAGCUGUCUUACACUUUGGGUGUUGUUGUGUACAUGUAUGUGUAUGUAGGUAUACGGUGGUAGUUCAAACCAUAGAAACUCUCGGUUUUACAUCUUACACUUACAAGUGUUUUGUUUCAGUUGGAAGAAAAAUUGUUAUGGCACUUUGAUAUUAGUAACUCUUAUUUUUCAAAAUAAAUGACUCAACGUUGAA